AUGAACCUCCACUUGGAUCCUUGGAAUCGUAAAAAAGCCAUUGUGGAACUUCUCCUCGACAACCUGGCCCUGCAACAUUCAGCCCCAGUGCUAAACCACGUAGCCCCGGCUCCAAGUUACUGUGCCCCGGCCUACACUUCCAUUCCAUGGCUCUACGCUGCUCUACUCUCGCCCAGUGCUAUACCACUUGGCCCCGGCUCCAAGUUACUGUGCCCUGGCCUACACUACCAUUCCGUGUAUCUUCGCUGCUCUACUCUCGCUCAGUGCUACACCACUUGGCCCCGGCUCCAAGUUACUGUGCCCUGGCCUACACUUCCAUUCCAUGGCUCUACGCUGCUCUAA